AUGGCAACCCAAGCACCCUCCACAAAUGGCGACCACAGUGCUGAAUACAAGGCGCUGUGGGCGAACAAAUACCGCGGAGCAACGGUAGAAGACCUCGACCCACCUCCAGCUCUCUCCGUCAAGCCUACAGACCCUAUCUCAUGGGCGCUCAUGAGUGGCCUCGAACGCGACUACACGCACCUGACUGUCGUGUCACAAGAGAACCGCGCUCUGCUCGGAUACAUCAGCAUCCCGCGCCUACAGCAGUUGCUGAAAGAGCGCAAAGUGAAUGAGAAUGACGCGGUUGAGGCAGCAAUGCACAAGUUCCAGCGACGUGGGAGGCGAUACAAGGUCAUCGACAUGGAGACGCCGCUUGAGGAGCUCGAGGAGUUCUUCAAGGGUGGAGUGGACGGUAGUGGGAAGCAGGACUUCGCGGUCGUCACAGAUGCAAGCCGCAAAUUUGUCCUUGGUGUCGCAACGACAGACGACUUGGACAAGUUUCUGAAGACAAGGGCAUGA